AUGCAAAACCAACCUUCAAAACAACUGGUAUAUCCACGAGACAGACUCUUAGGAGCUGAAAAUAGUGGCCAUUCUCACAAGAAAAUAUUACCAAAUACAGAUUAUAAGAAUGAACAUUAUGUUUCUGGACCUUCUGCAAGCACACAAGGAUUCAUUCCAAAUACAACGCAAUUACCAUUUGCUCUUCAAUAUCCAACCAUUUUAAGACAACCAGAUGGGGUUUCUUCAUCUAUUCCAGCACAGGUUCAACAAAGGCACAUUAAUAAUUCACUUCCAGUUUAUUCGCCCAACUUUAAUUUGCUCCAUUCAAAACAACCAUCACCUCCAGGACCAAACACAACAACUUUCCAAAAACAUAAAAACAACUCAAAAUCAAGCAAAGCAAAAAGUUCAGAAACAUUCAUUCCAGUACAAACAAAAGGUAACCCCAAACCAAAAAUCCAUAGAAUGAAAGAAAAUCAUACAACGGAGAAAAAUCUUGAAUCCUAUUCACUUUAUGAAAUUAGAAUUCUAUUCAAGAACAAAACUGGUCUCAAUGAUGUACACCUUGCACGGAAUAGAAUUGAGGACGCUCGAGAAAACCAGCUAUUAGGCUAUUUUAAUUGUUUAGUAGGAAAAGCCUUAGACGUUUUUGCCUCACUUGAAAUCUUUUCUCAAAUUUUCAUUGAACUUGCUUUAUUGGAUGACACACAAGUUAUAUUGAACGGUAUCUAUUGUUUGACAGAAUAUGAAUUAUCAAAAAGUGAUUUUACAAGAUGCAUCCAUUAUUAUCAAACAACAAUUGCAAUAAUUCACAAUCAGUCGCGAGACAAUAACCCAAGUAGAUCGUUGCAAUAUAGAUGUUUAAUGGCAAUGAUGUUGCUAUGUAUAUUUGAGAGCAAAUUCCCUCAAGUUGAGUCGUCUCAUUUGCAACAUUACAAGAACAUGUCAGUUGAAUUAUGUAAAAACCAACCAAGCAACGAAAUUGGGUUAGAUCCGAUUUUGGAUUGCUGUUUUUGGACAGUAUUAAGAACAAGCUUUUUGCAUUCACUGUUAGCUGGGCAAAACCUGUCACAGUUCAUACCUGAUUCAACAUUUUUCAACUUGCAAAAAGAUUUAUUGGGGUCAUCAACAUUUCAAGUUUCCAACGUGUGGCAUUACAAAAACGUAUUGGUCAAUCUAAUAAACAUAUGGAAUUUCACUUAUGAUAUAUCGUCAACUAACCAAAAAGGCCACAAAGUCUAUGAUUACUAUCAAUGGAAAAUCCAUAAAAUCGAUAUUCUAACGGAAAUACCAACCGCUUUACGUUCAGGAAUACAUCAACAAUCUUAUAACUUACCGUUUCCAAUAUUUUAUUAUCAUGAUGAGCUUAUCGCGGUUAUUAAUGUGCUACACCGGCUAGCUUUGUUAUUUUUACACGAAGGGUUAAGUCAAAGAGUAUCAACAGAGGAUAGAUUAAAAGAAAGUUUGUUGUUCCCACUAAAUUCCCCGUAUUUUGUCUCACAGGAAAUAAUUGGGAUAUUGAAGCCAUACGAAAAUAGUCCAUUUAUUAGCUCCGUCGGGUUGUUUGCGAUCAAGCAUGUUUGGAAAUAUUUGCAACAUGAUUCAAAUUUAACACCAUUCUUACGAGAUAUGUUUUCGGAUAUGUCUCUACGGUCUAAAAUACGUAUCUAA